GAGAUGUCUGGUCGGGGAAAAGGAGGAAAAGGGUUGGGGAAAGGAGGCGCUAAACGUCACCGUAAGGUUCUUCGUGAUAAUAUCCAGGGAAUUACUAAGCCCGCAAUUCGUCGCUUGGCUCGCCGUGGUGGUGUUAAGCGUAUCUCUGGUCUGAUUUACGAGGAGACGCGCGGUGUGCUAAAGGUCUUCUUGGAGAACGUCAUUCGUGAUGCAGUCACCUACACAGAACAUGCUAAGAGGAAGACCGUCACUGCCAUGGAUGUGGUGUACGCUCUGAAGCGGCAGGGUCGCACACUGUACGGCUUCGGAGGCUAA